ACGCGGCUCCCCUCAGACGGCUUCAUGGCGUACAGUCAGGGAGGCGGCAAGAAGAAAGUCUGUUACUACUACGACGGUGAUAUAGGGAACUAUUACUAUGGGCAAGGACACCCAAUGAAGCCUCACAGGAUUCGUAUGACGCAUAACUUAUUGCUAAAUUAUGGUUUAUACAGGAAAAUGGAAAUUUAUCGGCCCCACAAAGCUACAGCAGAAGAAAUGACCAAAUACCACAGUGAUGAAUACAUUAAAUUUCUUCGCUCAAUAAGACCUGACAACAUGUCUGAAUAUAGCAAACAGAUGCAAAGAUUUAAUGUCGGUGAAGACUGUCCUGUGUUUGAUGGAUUGUUUGAAUUCUGCCAGUUGUCCACAGGAGGCUCUGUGGCUGGAGCAGUAAAACUGAACCGGCAGCAGACAGACAUGGCUGUUAAUUGGGCUGGAGGACUUCAUCACGCUAAGAAGUCAGAGGCAUCUGGUUUCUGUUAUGUCAAUGAUAUUGUGCUUGCCAUUCUUGAAUUACUGAAAUACCACCAAAGAGUACUAUACAUUGAUAUUGAUAUCCAUCAUGGUGAUGGAGUUGAAGAAGCAUUUUAUACAACAGAUCGUGUUAUGACAGUAUCAUUCCACAAAUAUGGUGAAUAUUUCCCUGGCACAGGGGAUUUGAGGGACAUAGGUGCUGGAAAAGGCAAGUACUAUGCUGUCAACUUUCCAAUGAGAGAUGGAAUAGAUGAUGAGUCAUAUGGACAAAUAUUUAAGCCUAUUAUAUCCAAAGUGAUGGAGAUGUACCAGCCCAGUGCUGUGGUAUUGCAGUGUGGGGCAGAUUCAUUGUCCGGUGACAGGCUGGGAUGUUUUAAUCUUACUGUUAAAGGCCAUGCUAAAUGUGUGGAGGUUGUGAAGACUUUCAACUUGCCUCUUCUGAUGCUUGGAGGAGGUGGAUAUACCAUCCGUAACGUUGCUCGCUGUUGGACUUAUGAGACUGCUGUUGCCUUAGAUUGUGAAAUUCCUAAUGAAUUGCCAUACAAUGACUACUUUGAGUAUUUUGGACCAGAUUUCAAGUUGCAUAUAAGUCCAUCAAAUAUGACAAACCAGAACACUCCAGAAUAUAUGGAAAAGAUUAAGCAGCGUUUAUUUGAGAACUUGCGCAUGUUGCCCCAUGCUCCUGGUGUACAGAUGCAAGCUAUUCCUGAAGAUGCUGUUCAUGAAGACAGUGGUGAUGAAGAUGGUGAAGAUCCAGAUAAACGUAUUUCUAUUCGAGCAUCUGAUAAACGGAUAGCCUGUGAUGAAGAAUUUUCCGAUUCUGAAGAUGAAGGGGAGGGAGGUCGAAGAAAUGUUGCUGAUCAUAAAAAAGGAGCAAAGAAAGCCCGAUUAGAGGAAGAUAAAAAAGAGACAGAUGACAAAAAAGCAGAUAUUAAAGAGGAAGAUAAAUCCAAGGACAGCAGUGGUGAAAAGGCAGACACCAAAGGAGCAAAGUCGGAACAGCUCAGCAAUCCUUGAAUGUAAAGCCUCACAUCAGUUAAAAGACACAAUACAAAAGUGAAAAAAUUGUUGAAAGAAACUUUUCAUAUGGGAAGAGACUGUUGAUUUCAUUUUUUACUAUUGGGCAUGGAGCAUAUUUAUUUUCAGACAAGUGUGUUGUUUUUUGGCAAGUUGUAUUGUGAGUUUUCUAAUUAUGAUGCAAAAUUUGUUCCUUCCACUGGGCUUUAAGUAAUAGUAUUUAAAAUUGAUGUGAGUUAUUAUGUUAAGCAUCUAAUCUGAUCUAUUAAAAUUUCCUGAGCUGAUUUUACUCUUUUUUGUAACUAUAUCUUUAUUAAAAAAAUUGUACUUGGUUGUCUUGUCUA